AUGGUUCAGGUUAAUGCAAAGCAGGAAUUGCAGGAGAUGAUGCUCCAAGAUGUUGUUUCCCAGCCAUAGUAGGAAGACCUAAACAUCAAGGGAUAAUGGUGGGAAUGGAUACAAAGGAAGCCUAUGUAGGUGAUNUCUAUUACUACAUGUGAAUCUGGAUCCGAGGAAAUGGUAGUUUUGUCAUGUAAACAUAAUAUUAAUAAAUAGAACUUCUCACUAACAUGUUGGAACAAUUGAGAAACCCAUAGACAUUCUCAUAUGAAAUGAGUUAUAAGUAUAUUUUGAAUGGUCUAAAUAUCUAUAAGGGAAUCAGUAAUUACUAUAUAUAAUUUAGACACUGCUAUUAACGACUGGAAACAAGGAGCUUAUGAAGAUUUUGGAAAAUAGAUUGGAUUUAUGCUGGUUUAACUACUUAAAGUAACAAAAAGCAUUGAGGCUUUUAUUUUUAAUGGCGAAUUCGUAGAAAUAGUGUUUAAAGGAGUACUUGAUUAAAUUUUAAAUGCAAAAGUAAUCAAAUUCAAAAUCAAAAACAUUAAAGAUUGUUUAGAUGGUGUUCGUGGAAUUGGUGGAAUUAUGAUAAAUUUUAAUAAUGCUGUUAGAAACUUAGAAGAUGGUUCUCUCUCAAGUGACAUCUUAUCUUUAUCAUCAUUUGUAGAAGUCAUGAAGUUCUCAAAGACUCUAAAAGCUUGUAAGUCUGCCUGGGAAGUUGCGGUGAUGGCUGGAACAGCAAUCGGGUUAGCUGGAACCUCAAAGGACACACAAUCAUUCAUCUAAGAUUUUGCAACUCAAUUAAAGAAUUUUUUUGUAGAUGUUAUAUCAGCUCUUACUAUCUGCUACAUAGCUCUAAAAAGAAAUUUAAUUAAGUUUUGUUCUUAUAUUCGUAGAAAUAUAUGA